AUGAAAAGAGAAGCUGCUGAGCAUUGCAAUGCCAACAUGACACCAACUCAGAAAGAAAAUAGAAAAAGGCAAUUUAGAGAAUCACAAGAACGAAAAAUGAAUUAUCCAUGUUCUUAUUGCGGUGCUUUGAAAUGGAUUGAUGAAAGAUGUGCAGCUUCAUCAAAGUGUACGCCUAUUUUUAGUAUCUGCUGCACACAUGGAAAAGUUCUGCUUCCACCGCUCCAAGAACCUCCAGCAUUAUUAAAAGAACUUCUUACGAAUAAUGAUCCAUGUUCACAAGAAUUUAAGCAAAAUAUAAGAGCUUAUAAUUCUGCUUUAGCUUUUACAUCUGUAGGUGCAAAAAUAGAUGAAAAUGUUACUGGAACACAAGACACCUAUACAUACCAUAUACAUGGUGAAAUUUAUUACCGAAUUGGCUUGCUUCUUCCUCAGUUUCUCACAUCUUUACCUCUUUUUGCGCAGAUAUAUAUUUAUGACACAGAUAAUGAA